AUGGGUAUCAACGGCGACGUUUCAAACGGCGCUGCAUUAUCUCCCACCAUGAAGAGGCCAAUCCAGGAGUCACACAGUUCGGCCGCCGCCAGUGCAAGGUUGUCGACGCCUCCCCCGCCAGGGGAACGUCUGAAGGUGGAACCGUCGCAUGCCGGAAGCUCGAGAAAUGGACGGUCGAGUUCAAGAUCCACCGACAUUGGACUGGAUGCCGUCGACCACGCGCUACGGCGGGAAAUUGGUCGGCAGCACCGAGAAAGCACACCUGGAGCUAGUCCGAGUAGGAAACGGCAAAGGAUCAACGGUGACCGCUUUAUUCCCACGCGGUCUGGCCAAGACCUCCAGGCAAGUUUCAGUCUCUUGCAUGAAGAUGGGUCGCCCGCGACCCCGUCAAGACAAAAGAAGCGGACCCCGCAUGGGGAGCUUCACUAUCAGAGAACUGAGGAGGCAAAUCGGACAUUCUCCCGCCUGCUGCGGACAGAGUUGUUUGAGAAUUCGAUACCACAGGUGUCACCACCUUCCAUGUCACCAGAGCACAACAGGCUCUCCCAUGGCCAUGCCACCAGAUCACACACCCCACCAAACGGGCCACCACCAUCAUCUUUGCCAUCAAAUUUGACACCAUCCACACCACACAAGAAUCUGUUCUCCUACAUGUCGCCUCGUCACAGCAUUGCAGGCCAUCCAACACCUUCAAGGACGCCACAAAGUCGGCACGGGCCCAACUUGGACACCCGGUCCGAAGUGUACAGCUUAUCGCCAGUGAGAUAUGGGAGUCAGCAACUGCUCCUCAGCCCACGGCGACAACCGCGUGCCGUGAGCAAGGUUCCGUAUAAGGUGUUGGAUGCUCCCGAGCUCGCAGAUGACUUUUACCUCAACCUCGUUGACUGGGGCAACGCAAAUGUAUUAGGCGUCGGCCUGGGAUCGAGCGUGUACAUGUGGAACGCCCAGACCAGUCGCGUCAACAAGCUCUGCAUGUUAGAAGACGACACCGUUACGAGCGUGUCGUGGAUACAAAAGGGCACACACAUUGCCAUCGGAACUGGAAAGGGCCUAGUGCAAAUCUGGGAUGCGGAGCGGCAGCGAAGGUUGAGGACUAUGGUAGGCCACACUAACCGUGUGGGUGCUCUGGCCUGGAACACGCACAUCCUCACCUCUGGCUCGCGGGAUCGGUCCAUAUACCACCGUGAUGUGCGAGCCCCAGAUCCGUGGAUGAGGAAGCUAGUCGGGCACAAGCAGGAAGUGUGCGGACUAAAAUGGAACUGCGAGGAUGGGCAGCUGGCGAGUGGAGGGAACGACAACAAACUAAUGGUCUGGGAUAAGCUCUCGGAUUCGCCACUGUGGAAGUUUUCGGACCACACCGCCGCGGUGAAGGCGAUUGCUUGGAGCCCUCACCAACGUGGACUGUUGGCUUCCGGUGGCGGUACGGCCGACCGCCGGAUCAUUUUCCACGAUACGGUGAGGGGGACCGUUGUCAAUGAGAUUGACACGGGGAGCCAGGUUUGCAACUUGGCGUGGAGCAAGAACUCGAACGAGAUUGUCUCGACGCAUGGGUACAGCCAGAACCAGAUUGUGGUGUGGAAGUACCCGAGCAUGACGCAGGUGGCGAGUUUGACGGGGCACACUUAUCGGGUGCUGUACCUGGCUAUGAGCCCGGACGGGAGGGUGGUGGUCACGGGGGCGGGGGACGAGACGUUGAGGUUUUGGAAUGUGUUUGGGAAGAGGGGUGGGAGGAUGGGGGAGGAUGGGGAGGGGGGCGGAGGAAGUAUAAGGUUGCAGGAGUGGGGGGUUAUUAGGUGAAAGGAUUAGUGAUUUUCACAUGCUUUCUUGAGCCAGACGCCGAACAAGUGGCUUUUGGAGUUGGGGGCGGGGAAUCAGCGGGAAGAAAGUGUUUAUCUUUGCUUGCAGCGAGCAGGAGAUGGAUUUUUCUCUCUUUUCUCUCAAUUGAGAUUUGUUAGUUUCUCCUCCCCUUUUUUCAUAUAUGGAAGGGGCAAGCGACUGACAGGUUUUUUUUAGUGUACACCAUGACACGAAACUUACGAGGUGGAUGACACACGACGACGACAACACUUGGGGGAGAAACGGAGCUCUUUCAAUCAAAAGCAAGGGUGUUGGGUGUUUGGUGGUGGUGGUGGUGUUGAUGAUGAUGGUGUCUCUGGUUUGGCUUUGGGUCGGUGGGUCGGUUGGGGUUAAAGGGAUCAAUCGAUCAUCAUGGAUAUGGAAGGGGGGAUUGAUGGAUGGAAUGGAGCUGGCUGGGUAACAUGGGA